GCUGGUCUGGAGAGGAGGAGGAAACACCUGCUUACACAGGGGAGGAGGAGAAAGAAAAUCUAUGAAAACCUCAGACCGAGGCUGUGUCUCAAUACCUACAGAGCAGCCUACCUAGACAGCAUCUUCGGGCGUCAUUUGAACGCACUGAAGUGGUUCUUCUAAACAUAUAUGUGAUGUCUAAAAACCAGAUUUAGGUAAGCAGCUCUCUAUAGGGGUUCAUGCAGCUUUCACACCGUGCAAAACAUAUCUAUGAUGCCCGCAGAAUUCUGUCUAGGCGAGCAGCUUAUACCAUACUUGAUAUGAAAACGUCAAAAUAAGCAAAACUUGACCCGAAAAUCAACCGCGACGAACUUUUUAGCAAGUAAAAGGCCUAUAACUGUAUCAUCAACCUACACGUUUCAUGUGCUUUUUGCUAUUAAAUCUUUACUGGUUUUUAAAAAUAUCCCAAUAAUAACAAAUUGUUAGCAAUAUUUCAAGAUGAACAUUUACUGGACUAUUAUUAUUUGUUCAUCUUAGUCACUGAAAUAUCUUACCAAGACAUUACUGGGGGACAUACAGGGACAGUUUAUAUUAAUAUAAGUUCAUGUUUACGGUCUGCCACGUUCUUAUAAAGAUCUCAUUAAUUGAACUUAUUUGGCCAUAUAAAUAUUUCAUUGACUGUUAUUUCAUAUUUCAGUUAGUUACUGUUAGCUAACUCACAAAGUCGUAGGCUGCAUGCCCGGUGUCUUCUCGACAGGCACUUCACCGGGUUUUGAACGCAGCCACCUGCCGUCCCCGGGAACGUUGCACGAAACAGGCAUCUCACCGGUACAGGUUACCGCACGCACCUGCGAUACGCAACACGACACGCCGUUCAACUGCGCUGCAAGUUGCUGCAAGCGCCGGUGAUACCCGAAAGAAAUACAGUCUAGGGAGGCAGGCGGCUCAUUAGAGUUUGAGACGCAGCCCCUGAGCUCCUGAGAGAGACUGCGAUCGCAGCAAUAAAACUCAGACGCACAGCGAGGAGAUCUUUACGCACCGCGUGGCUUCGCUAUUCUGUCGGAGACUGCCGCUCGAGCGCUAUUUUACGCACACGUCCGCAUCAGGUCUGAAAGUUGGAGCAGAAGCUCCGCGUUGACAUGCUGAAGGUGAAGCAGCAGGGAUGUCAUCCAGGCGUGGCUCGGGGAGGAUAUGGAUGUCUAUAUAAAUGACUCGUUCAGUCUGAUCACGGAUGAAAAGAGCGUCUCUCUCCUCUCCGCUCUCUAAACACGCAAAGUUUGCUCGCCAUGGCAGAGGUGGCUGGAUUUCUCGGGAGCAUCGAUCUGGAUUUGCAGGCUUUUCCGGCAUUAGGGAACGUGCCUCUGGCGGAUGGUUUGAAUGAGAGAUUGGGUCUGAUUGAGGGCAGACUGCAGCGCGGGUCACUCACGGAUUUUGGCCACCUGAAGGGCAUCCUGCGCAGGAGACAGCUCUACUGCCGCACCGGCUUCCAGCUGGAGAUAUUUCCCAACGGGACGGUGCACGGAACCAGACAGGACCACAGCAGAUUCGGUAUUCUGGAGUUCAUCAGUCUGGCCGUCGGGCUGGUGAGCAUACGAGGCGUGGACGCUGGUCUUUAUCUGGGAAUGAAUGAGAAAGGUGAACUCUAUGGGUCGAAGAAGCUGACUGCAGAGUGUGUUUUCCGUGAGCAAUUUGAGGAGAACUGGUACAACACGUAUGCAUCCACACUCUACAAGCACACGGACACUGGAAGAUAUUACUAUGUGGCUCUGAAUAAGGACGGCUCACCUCGAGAAGGAGGCAGGACUAAAAAACACCAGAAGUUGACUCACUUUCUGCCCAGACCCGUCGAGAUAGAGAAGAUACCCCAAGCUUACAGAGACUUGUUCCAGCAUAGGUGACCAGAGCAUCCACCAGAGUUGCUGUGUUGGAGAGGGGCAGUAGGGGCGCUGGAUGAAAAGAUGGACGCUGAAGAACACUAAGAAAUACAAGAUCCUACUUCUCUCGCCUCACAGCUGUUUAUAUUUGGGUUCUGGUCCAAAAUGAGGAGGCCCUCUCCAAUGGUGAUUGAGAUAAACAGUACGUGUGUGUCCUGGAUGGCUCCGUUUCCUCUCCUUAAUGGGUUUUAAACCACAGAGAAGAGGGAACAUUCCUGCAUCCGAAGCUGGAGCCAAAAGAUGUCUUGAGGAAGAGGUGUUGACUUCAGGGCCUCAUGACGUGUGUCAUGCAAUCACCCUUUCUUCAGACACUUUUUGUAAGGUGGACUACAUUUAGGCCAUGUUCUCACUGGAAAAAAAAAUAGGGUCUAAACUUCAAUUUAUUGACUAACUUGUCACCUGAGCAUAGGAAGUAAAACUGCCUUUGACCGUUGAGAUAAAACUCAACAUGCCCAGUCUGGUGACCCUGGGGCCAAAGUCAUGUUGAAAGGUCAUGAUGCAGCACUUACAGAGAAGACGGACAUGGGGAGCAUUCCCCGACCUUCCAGUAGGACAAAUGCAAAGCAAGAGCUUUUCAAAUUAAAUAUACCUUAAAGGGCACUUAAAAGGAGAUAGAUGCUUUGAAGAACAAUGACCAGCUUCUACUGAAACAAUACCAAUUUUAAAAUGGAAAAAAGUACCAACUGCGAGAAGGUGAAAAAGAGGGGCUUGCACAGAUGAUCCGCCUGCUUCCUUUGAAGUUUCAGGAGAGUUCAAACCUUACAAAUUUGGUAGAAAAAUCUAAGCUAAUCAGCAGUAGCAAAGUGAUUAGUUAGAAACAAACGCAUGGUGCUUGCUGAAGGGUUCGGUAGAGGCUUUGGUCAUUUGACUAAGAGUGACUUAUAAUGUUCAGGUUGUCAGGAACAUUAUUAACAUGUAAGUGAAAGACGUGUAAAUAUGGACAAACCUAUUUAUAAGAUGUACAAUAUAUUUAUUUUCUACAUAUAAAGAAUAAUUAUAAAUCUAUAUAUAAAUAUAUUUAUUUAUUUCAAAGGCUCUAUUUUGUAAUGAACUUGAAGUUAUUGGAACUGUAGAUUCUACUGAAAAUAUACAGAAGGGCUAAACCAUUUGACCUGAAUGACUGACAAUAAAAUUGUCCUGCUAUUGUUUAUUGUUGGUGACCAUAUUUGCAAGGAUUCUCUGUACCAAUUAAAAUCUGAGAAACACUGA